AUGAAGGCUGAUGAAGUUCCAACACUCCCCUUCUUUGAAUUAUUGUGUGCAAGAGCCUCUAAAUCGCCUAAUUUCUCCUUGUUGGUAGAACUCACGGAAAACAUUGGGCUUCCCCUGGAACUGCUUGAAGAACAUGAGCCUUGGCCAGCCUACGUCACAUACACCUCCCCGACGGUGCAAAGACUCAUCGAGAAGAGCAAAGCUAGAGAACUGGAGUGCAUGCAAGCUCUCGAGGAAAGCCGGUGGACUCUGAGGCAGAGUAAGCCUUCCAGCAUCAUCCAGAUGAAAAGGAAAAAGUCAUCCAAGACCUCUGCCAAAGCGAUGCUCAUGGACACGAAGUCUGAGGCCAUGAUGUCGGUGUGGAGCACUUUCUCGCUGUUGGCUGCAGCUUCCACGCCAGAACCCACACAGUUUCAUACGGAUUCCAGAGAAAGUCCCACUGCAAACUAUAACAAGAUCAUCUUCUCUCGAAAACCUCUGAUGAGGAUGCUUCCAUACAGCUCACUUCUGGCCAGCAAGGAAAAACAUUUAAAUGUUUAGCAAGGAGUCCCUGCCACCAUCCCCCAAGAUUGUACAGCAAUUAAGCUUCAUUUGCCACAAAUUUCACUAUGUCCUUUAAGGCUGAACUUGCCCCUGCUUGUACAGAGGUUGGCUGAGAUAAAUCAGAUCAGAUGUGAGCUGGGGGUGGGUGGGUGGAUGGGCAUACCCCCUCCAGCAUCACAGUCGGAUGGGGCUGGGAAGUCCCAAGCUCUAGUCCACACUAUUGAUGCUUAGGACCUAACUGUGGGUAAAUUAGCCUGGGCCCAGACAGGAGACAGGCGUCACACCAGCUAUGUUAUUAAAGAUAAUUUAAUGUAAAGAAUUAUUAACCAGGUAACUCAAGAGACAGGAGGAGAACAUAAAGUUAUCGGUGGAGGUAGUACAUGCAGGAGGCAGUUAUCACCUCCAGGGCGGGGGUGGGUGG